AUGGAGGACAUCGACCAUGACCCCUCCUCUUCAUCAGAUGAGCAGGACUCCUGCCCAUCCUCUCCUAAUCAGAUAAGACACCUCGGUGCUGCGCAGCAUUUGAGCCAUUCAGACGACUCUGAUGUGGAGAACAUAAUGCAUGAUGCUCCACAUUAUGAAGGGCAAAGCCAAACCCACCAGCAGGACCACGAAGUCCACCUUGCAGACGGAGACUUUGUUGGCCGAGACCGGCCCCUCACCCCGUCUCAUUUGGAGCCCCCAUCAGCAGGUCCAGCCCUGUCAGACGCAGGUUCAUCUUCUGGCUUUUCGCAGAGUAAAAGUGUGGAGUUUGAUUUGCCCCCUCCCAUCAGUCCUUCCAGACCCAGGAGCCCCUGGGCUUUGUUUGAUCCAUACAGCAAUAAUAAGGAUCCAGACAAGGAAUAUGUGGGCUUUGCAACGUUACCAAACCAGGUGCACCGCAAAUCAGUCAAGAAAGGGUUUGACUUCACCCUCAUGGUGGCUGGUGAGUCCGGCCUGGGAAAGUCCACUCUGGUCAACAGCCUGUUUCUCACAGAUUUGUACAAAGAUAGGAAGCUGCUUAAUGCGGAAGAGAGGAUCACGCAAACAGUUGAAAUCACCAAACACACCGUGGAUAUAGAAGAGAAAGGCGUGAAGCUUAAGCUCACCAUCGUGGACACGCCUGGAUUUGGUGAUGCUGUAAACAACACUGAAUGCUGGAAGUCUGUGGCAGACUACAUCGACCAGCAGUUCGAGCAGUACUUCAGGGACGAGAGCGGCCUCAACCGCAAGAACAUCCAGGACAACCGUGUGCACUGCUGCCUGUAUUUCAUCUCACCCUUCGGUCACGGUCUCCGACCUCUGGAUGUUGAAUUCAUGAAAGCUCUGCAUGAGAAGGUCAACAUUGUGCCCAUUCUGGCUAAAGCUGAUACGCUCACCCCGAGUGAGGUGAAGAAAAAGAAAAUUAAGAUCAGAGAGGAGAUUGAACAGUAUGGCAUCAAGAUCUAUCAGUUCCCCGACUGUGACUCUGAUGAAGAUGAAGAGUUUAAGCAGCAAGACCUGGAGCUGAAGGAGAGCAUUCCCUUUGCAGUGAUUGGCAGCAACACGGUGGUGGAGGCCAAAGGGAAGAGGGUGAGGGGCCGCCUCUACCCCUGGGGCAUCGUAGAAGUGGAAAACUCUGCUCACUGUGACUUCAUUAAGCUGAGGAACAUGCUCGUACGCACACACAUGCAAGACCUAAAGGAUGUGACCCGAGAGACUCACUAUGAGAACUACAGAGCACAUUGCAUCCAGAGCAUGACCCGCAUGGUCGUCAAGGAAAGAAACCGCAAUAAGCUAACCAGGGAGAGCGGCACAGACUUCCCCAUCCCCAUGGUCCCCGGAGGCACGGAGAGCGAGACGGAAAAGCUCAUACGAGAGAAAGACGAGGAGCUGCGGCGGAUGCAGGAGAUGCUGCAGAGGUACCAGGAUCAUUUGAUCACACAGUAGGACGGCUGUUAACAAAGAACUCUGCACAUAAAAAAAAAAAAAACGGAGAGAGAAAAAAAUCCCGGCAUCCCUCAUUCUACAGCUGAACACUGACAGCACUCUGCCCCCCCGACUCUUUAUCAGCUGGGAUCAGAACGUCUUCUUGUUAACGAGGGGGUUAAUAUUCUUCCCCGUCCUCCUGUCUUUAUUUUCUCUGUUUUGUUGAAUUUUCUUAAAUCCCACUCAGCCUGUCUUUUGUCCCCCAACCACAGUCCUUCACUUUACAUGGAUCAGAUGGAUUUAGCCUCCCCUGCAUCAUUAUUGCUUCAUUUUUUUAUGUAUAUCUGUUUCACGUCUACACGGUUAAUUUAAUUUUCACCUUCAAUGCCUCGCUUUGUGACUUUAUGGAUGUCAGGGGCUCUGCUUUUUUUUGGCCAGUAUUUACUUUACAUAUUUUCUUACUGAAAGGGUCAACAAUUGUUGGCAGUCCUGGUGAGGAUGUGUAAAAAUCCCUUAAAUGAACUAAUCUUUCAUUGCAGUAGUGUAUUUCUGCAGAUAGUUGAUUUAUUCAUUAAUAAAAUAAAAAUAAUUCACUGUUAAAAUUCUUACUGAUCCCCAUUAAAAUCUCUCCAACAUAGCAGUUUAAAUUGAUCAGAGCAUGUGGAUAUUUUAUAUUUAUAUAAUAAAAAUCUAACUUACAUUGGCCACUUUCAUGUAGCUGCUCUUCAGAGGACUCUUAUUGGAAAGGAGAGUUAUAAUUGGCUGGGCAACAUGAAGAUAGACAAUGGUGCCCACUGUCAGGCAUGGUAGAGAGCCGGUGAUGCUUGGGGACAGUUGCUCUUUUCUGAGGCUUUAGACAUUAAGCAACAUUUACACAGAAAGCUGCUUUUUUCUACAAGCAAAGUGUGAGAAUCACGAUCCAAAGCAUGUGACCAAACCCUCUGCUAAGUUAGCUCAAGAUAGAUUAUUAUUCUCAAAUUUUUUUCAAAACCUUUUCUGAGAUAUUUCCUACCAUAAAUGCAGUUUCUUAAAAAUAAUUUAAAAAGCAACGUUCAGAUUUCCCUUUCUUUUUCUAAAGCCAGUUUAUACAACAAUGUAAGACAUGUCCUAAUUUAAGGCUUUUUACACGUCUGCACCAGGAGAGCCGAUGAAUGUGGAGGAAGCUGAAUUCUCCAGCGGACGCUGUAUAUAUUUUUGCAUGCAGUUUUGUAACGAAAAGCUCAGAUUGUUGGUUUGUUUAAUAACCUUUAAGUUUUUCGAAAAAGAAAUGUUGAAAAAAAGAUUUUUUUUAUUUUGGUUGGAUUUUGUAAUGUUUUCUUUAAGGUAACUCUUUAGUUGGGGACUGUAAAUGUUAACACUAGCCCUUGAAUUUUGAAUUAGAAUUGGUCUUAAAAAGCUUCAUUUUGGGUUAAAAUGUUUGGACAUUCCUCCGGUUUCUAUUGGAAAGAUUUCUGUUUUAAAGAACUUGACUUCUGUUAUUUUAUGUUUCUUUGAAUAUAUUUAUGUUUUGACUUUUUCACAUUGACUAAUUUUGGAGAAAAGCUUAUGAAUUCUAAUGUAAUAGCUCUACAGUUAUAUUGCAAUAAAAUAUUUUGAA